GUGGACAAUGGGCGCAGGUCCUUGCGUUGCAGCCCUGGCAGCAGCGUUUUUGCCGUCCGGACCCAGAGGAAGGACCUUCAGAAGUUACAGACCUGUUGGCUGAUGCGCUUCGCUACCAGUGGCUCUAUGGCUAUCCGGGUGUACCUGACGGCGAGGAACAGCUCACCCAUGGCUUCUUCAAGUAUGUCGCCUCCAUGCAGGCGCUGACGGCACGGCAGUUGUUGAGGCUGAACCCCUCAGCAUCCUCCAUCCUCGACCCCUUCUGCGGAUCUGGUACAGUUCUGAUAGAGGCCGCUCGCGCCGGGAGGGCGGCUACGGGGUCAGAUGCAUCACCGCUGGCCGCUUUCGUGGCGCGCCACCACACUGACGUUGAAGGCGUCUCUUUGGACGAGUUACGCGCCCAAGCAGAUGUUGUCGCUCCAGCAAACGAGCUUGAGCUAGGCUGGAAUGACUUGCGGAGCCGUUUGGGAGCCCUGCCUGAGGGAUCGGUGACAUCUGCGCUUUGGUUUUGCCUCCUCGUCGCUCUGCAGCGCGCAGGUGAUGGAGAUGCAGCAUACGCCCUGUCUGGAUCCAAAAGUUUUGUGGUCUCGCAAAGCUCGGAAGAUCCGCCACAAGAACUGGCUGGGCCGAUGUUCGUUGGCACCGUGCAGCUCUACGCAGCCCAGCUUGCAGCCCUCCGCGCCUCCAUGCCCUUUCCGGAGUGCUUGGUCCGCACGGGUCUUGGGGAUGCCAGAUUGCUGAAGCUGAGCCAACCGGUAGAUGCGGUGAUCACCAGCCCUCCGUACCCGGGCGUCUACAACUAUGCCAAUGCUGCCUUGCUGACCCAAAGCCGACUGGCCGGAGCCUUGGGCGCCUCCUUGGAGCUGUCGCAAUUCUUCGGUGAGGCCGAGGAUCCCGCCAGGUUGACCAGCAACGAGAUUGGCAGCCUUGCGCAGCGGGAGAAGCUUGGGAGGAGCAUCCCGGCAGACGAGUUCAGAGAAACCUGGCAAAAGCAACAGGAGGAGUGGCUUCAAGCAGUGUGGCGUAACCUCGUCCCUGGAGGCACUGCUACUUUGGUGAUCGGUGAUGGCUCUGAUCUCGACAACCUGGCGUCGACUAAGGCUGCCGCCGAGGCAGUCGGUUUCCUCGUUGUUGGCUCAGCGACGAUCCGCAUGGCCAGUGGUAUGCCCAGACGGUUCGCGUCGAAGGGAAUGCGGCGAACAGAGCAUGUCUUGCAUUUG